AUGACGCCAACGAACUCGACGACCACUUCCGCAUGUUACACUGCACGUACUCCAACUGCUCCAGUCAUCCCACAAUUCAUUAUCUAUAAUAUUUAAAAAAUGAUUUAUUUUACUACCAACAAUGACUUAUUUAACAACAAAAUAAUAAAUAUAAUUUUUUAAUUAAAUAUGUUUAAAUGUGUAUUUUAGAUAAAUGAUUAUUAACCAGAAAGUGUUGUUUACUUACUAUUGUCAGUAAGAUUUCCUAUUUCCUUUAAGUUAUUUUGUUCUUCUUCAUGUGGUUGCGUACUUUUUAUAGAAUUUUCAUAAAGUGGUUUAUUUAAAUAACUAAGUAAUUUGCGCCGAUGAUUUGAUGAAGUUUUACAGUAAAGUCGACUAUGCCAUUCUGAUAUUAAUUGAUCCAACUUGAUCCAAUGUAAUAUGUAAGUGAAUAUUUAUUUCAAAUUAUAUUAAAAUGAAUAACAAUAUUUAUUUAAAUAACUAACUUUGAUACAUUUGUAUUUUUCAUUAUUAAAUCCGAAAAACCGUGGAAUAAUUUUCUUUUUAAUGUUUGUCCGAAUUUUUUGUAAGGAAUUUAAUUCAGCAGAAAAAGGAUUAACUUCUUGAUUAUUUGUACUAGUUUCAUAAACUUAAUAUUAAUUCUCAUAACCAGUAUAAUAAUAAAUGAUUAUGAAAUAUGCUUAAAUAUGAAACUUGAUAUAAUUUUGAUUCAAUGCACAAAAAUAUUAUACAAGAAGUGUUUCAAUGUACCAUUUAUCAAUUACAUUAGCAUCCAAAGGUAAAUUAAACAUUAGAGUAUUUUUUUUCAAUUUGGAGGCGUACAGUUUUCCAAAUUUAACUCCAUUAUCAGAUGUUUUUAAAAUAAUACACGCUAAUAACAACAUAAGUAAUAAACGCAUAUCAUAUAAAUCUUUCUCCAAGUUUUGAAUGAAAUCAGAUUUAUAUAUUAAUAGGUUAAAUUGGUUAGAAGUAAUUGUAUAAAUAAUGAAAUAAAGCACAUUUUAUUUGACAGCUUCACUUGCAUCUGCAGCAUAUAUGAUAUUUGUACUUACAUAUAUAUACAUAUAUUUACAAUAAAAUAAUUGAGUAUCAAUUAUUUCUUAUAACUUUAUAAGUAUAUAAAUAUAAGUUUAAAAUAAAAGAAUAAAAAUUUAAAUAAAAGUCUGAAAAUAGUGAUGUGAUGCUAUUAUUAUAUGCUUAAUAUUAUAAAUAUUCAUUAAUAUUCAAAAGCUAAAUGAUGCAAAUAUAUUCAUAGAAAUAAAUACUUAAUAAAAAUUUUAUGACUAAUUGUGAUAUAAAAAUACAAAAAUAAUGUAAUAAUUCAUAUUAGUCUAUUUCAUAUUGUAUUUGAAUAAUUUUUUUGUAAUUACUUAUCCACUUUGUAACUAGAAAAUAGUUUAAAUAAAUAUAUUAAUCGUAAUUAUAAUAAAAUUCUAUUAAUAAUAUCAAGAAAUAUAUGACAGAGAUACACAGAGAGACAAAGAGAGAUGAAAUUAAAAACUGUUCAAACAAAACUGAUACUUAUAAGAAAAAUUAAUUAAUUAAAUUUGUUUUAUUUUUUUAAUUAUAUAUCUAUAUAUGUGCAAGAUACAGAUAUCUGGAUUUGUUUCUAUUCUUAUAAUUUCUUUCAAGAUAUUUUAUUGUAAUUUAAUAACUUUUUAUGAAUAUUGAUGUAUUAUAUAUUUUUUUAUAUAAAACAUUAUUUUAUAUAAAAAUAUUGACUUAACUUUUUGACUCUAUUGGAAAUAUUUGUUUUAAAUCACAGUUUCAAAUAAUUAUGCUAAAGAAUAUUCAUAGUCGGAAAAAUGCUUUAUGUGCACGACCAUUUGGAAUUUGCCCUUGUAGUCUUAAUCUUCUAACUGCUUCUCUUAAAUGUUUUGGUUGUAAUGGCCCUGAUUCUUGAUGAUCUUCCAUAACAUCAAGGGCUAAUUUAAGAAUCAUAUUUGAAUUAAAAGAAAUGCUACUAAUUGAUUAAAAAUUCUAAUAGAAGAUUUAAGUAUCAUCUCACCUCCUUCUACUAUUUCUCCAACAAAUACUUUUGCAAUACCAGACAUAGCAAUGACCACAUUCUGUGACACUGAACAACCUGUUAUAGCAGGUGAUCCCUUGGUGAUCGAGGUGGAGAAAGAAAUCCGGCGUUGGCCACCGGAAUUCGACGGCGAAACCGAACUGAGAGGCGAGGAGUGCUCGACGCGGAAAAGGGACAUCGAGAACUGGCCGGGACUCGGGACGAUAAGCUGGUGCGAAGAGGCUACAGAAGUGGAGACGCAUCAUCAGCAAACGGCAGCAACAACGAUGGGCGUCGCCGAGGAUGAGACGCCGUCCUCUUUGACUUCUCAUCCUAACCCCAACGUUAACAACUCCAACCAAGAA